CUUUUUUUUUUUUCUUCAGUACUGAAAUUAAGCAGCAGCUAGCACAGGCCUCCUCCUAGGACAUGUGACUUUGCUCUUUCCCGUUUUGUUAAAAAGGCAUUAACAGGAGUUGAUAUCAGUUUUAAUAGCAAGUCAUCAUGGAGAAAAGGAUAAGCUGUAGUGUGCAGACAUCUACAAAUUGUGAUAACUCGUUGGAAACACAGAAUUCUGCCCACCAAGCUACAGGAGUGGUGCAAAUGAGAAUCAAAAAUGCCAACAGCCACCACGACAGGCUGAGCCAAACUAAAUCCAUGAUCCUCACUGAUGCUGGGAAGAAGGUCACUGAACCUAUUUCCCGGCACAGAAGGAAUCAUUCACAGCAUGUCUUGAAAGAUGUCAUUCCACCGAUAGAACAUCCAAUGGUUGAAAAAGAAGGAUAUCUUCAAAAAGCCAAAAUUGCAGAUGGAGGAAAAAAACUAAGGAAAAACUGGUCUACUUCCUGGAUUGUUCUUUCUGGUCAAAAAAUUGAAUUUUACAAAGACUCCAAGCAGCAAGCUCUUCCCAACACGAAAGCCAGGCACAAAGCAGAAAGUGUGGAUUUGUGUGGUGCACAGAUAGAAUGGGCCAAGGAAAAAUCAAGCAGAAAGAGUGUCUUUCAGAUCACAACAGCAUCAGGAAAUGAGUUCCUUCUCCAGUCAGAUAUUGACUUCAUCAUACUGGAUUGGUUCCAUGCUAUCAAAAAUGCAAUUGACAGAUUGCCGAAGAAUCCAAGUUGCCCGUCCCUGGAGUUGUUCAGUUUCCAGAGAUCCUCCAGUACUGAACUGCUGAGUCACUGCCACAGUCACAGGAAAGAAGAGAAACCAGAGAACAGGAAGUCUUUCAUGUUCCGGCUGCAUCACAGUGCUUCUGAUACAAGUGACAAAAACCGUGUGAAGAGCAGACUGAAGAAGUUUAUCUCUCGAAGACCUUCUUUAAAAACUUUGCAAGAAAAGGGAAUCAUUAAAGAUCAAACUUUUGGCUCUCAUCUGCACACAGUGUGUGAACGAGAACAUUCCACAGUUCCGUGGUUUGUAAAGCAAUGCAUUGAAGCUGUUGAAAAAAGAGGCCUAGAUGUUGAUGGGAUAUAUCGAGUUAGUGGUAAUCUGGCAACAAUACAGAAGUUAAGAUUUAUCGUCAACCAAGAAGAGAAGCUGGAUUUGGAUGACGGCCAGUGGGAGGACAUUCACGUCGUCACCGGAGCACUGAAGAUGUUUUUCCGGGAGCUGUCUGAACCGCUCUUCCCUUACAGUCUCUUUGAGCGCUUUGUGGAGGCAAUCAAAAAACAAGACAGCAAUGCAAGAAUUGAAACUAUAAAGUCUCUGGUAAAAAAUCUCCCUCCACCAAAUCAUGACACCAUGAAGGUCCUCUUUGGACAUCUGACUAAGGGUGUUGACAUGGUGGAAAAUCCAAACAGAAUCCAUCCUCAGCACUCAACACUGCAUGGACAGGGCCUCAAAUGGAGAAAAUACUGGAUUCACAUCGGGAACACCUGAUCUUCUCAUUCAGGCUUUCCUCUUCCCCUGUCACACUGAGCAGCAGAUCUUCUUGUAGCAUUGAUUUCCUCUGUUAUAUUAAAAGACAUUUACAAUCCCUGUAACUAAAAGGACCUCUAUGGAAUUUAGAGCUGGAUGUGAAUAACAGUCCAGUAGAAACUCCGAAGCACCAACAACGUGAGUUGGUUUUUGCAUGCAAACUUCCCUCCAGGCUCCUUUUCAAACUGUAGGUAGAUCUCUGCUACCUGUUACAACACUCAACUGAUCCUUCCUUCUAUGUAGUGACGAUGUUGUUCCUUGAGAGCAGGAUUUUUUUUUUUCUUCACAGUUACAGCAUCCCAUGUAAAUCAUAGAGGACAGGGCCGAAAAGUGAUUUGACAAAACAUUUUAGCAAGUAGAGAAAAGAAGGCAUUAUGUAAAAGAAGGAAACAGAUUGAGAUGUAUCUGUUUUAGAGUAAAUGUUUCAAACCACAAAAGUGAAUGCAUUCACCAAGACACUUCAGAAUCAGCAAGAAGUAAGGAAUGAAAUGCAACCCGGGAUCAAGCAUGGCCUGAACCACUAAGUAGCAAAUGGGAAAAUUAGAAAGUAAACAGCGAAAUCGGAAUUAGCUGCAUCACCCAGACUUGAAGAGUGACAUCCAAUAAGCAUUAGCCAAUAAAUAAUUCCUGCCCAAAAGGAUCCAAACAAAUUUCAAUUAGCUGCCAUUUCACCAGUCAGAAACUUCUAAUAGUCCCCCACUUAUCUAAUAACCACACUCUAGCACAGCGAUAACUCCAGUUCUUAAUGAGAGCUUGAAGAUUCAAAAGUUCCUUGUGAAUUAUCAAAGGAUGCUAAUUCUGUGUCCUUGUAAUUUUAGUAUUAAUUGUGUUAUUUGAUUACUGCUAAUCCGCAUAUGAUGAUAAGUGUUUUUAACCAGAACAUUUGCUUAAUCAGAACUUUCUAUGCCCCAUCUAAGUGAAAAAAAAAGUUACUGGAAAUGAGUGAAAAAUGGUAUGUUAAGCCAUUUUCUUCAGCUGUUCCUUGAGAACACACUUGAAAGCCACUCUUACAACAUACCUAGCCAAUAAUAUAAAAAUGUACCUCCUCUCCAACACCCACUUUGUGUCUUUUUAAUUGACAUUUUGGAAUUCACCUGAAAGCAUCAACAAUUUGCCAAGACAAAACUUGGCCUUGGAGAAGACACCAUAUUCAACACCAAUCUGGAGAAAACAACAUAUUCAAUUCAUUCAAUCUGAUUUUUAGCUGUUAUUUUCCUCAUUAUUACAGUUUGAGCACCAGAUUCGGUUCUAGCAAAACUAGACGAGAGGCAAUGAAGAGUUAAAGCCAGGACAUUCACUCUGUCUGCCCUAUGCUCUUGCCACCUCAUCUCAACCCCUCCUUCCCUAUGGCACCACACAAUGAAUAAUGCUUCAGACAUAGUUUUUGCAAUGCUAAUAUCUAAACAGUAAAAGAUACCUUAAGACCUUCAUCAAGAUUUUUUAAGGCCUCAUUUAAUGUCAGUGUCAAGGUUCUGUGAAGAAUAAUUAAUAGAACCAAGCAAGGUCUAUGUGGCCAUCGAUUGCCUGGGAAUUUAUGCAGGUAACUCAUUAAUGCCACAGGGAGUUCUGCAUGUAAAUCCCAAAGCCUUGAUAGGGAAAUGGGACCCAGUGAUUUUCCCCCUAUAAAAAACACAAACAAUGACAAGUGAAAAAGCGGAUAACCUGAAUAUCUAUACCAACAACUCUGGGGCCUGUGAAAGUUUUCCAUUUCCACCCUGUCACCUCUUCUUCUCACAUGUAUAAAAGAUGGGGCAAUUAUUUCAACAAACCUACCCGUAUAAAUCAAGGCAGUUUUGCUGUGGGAAGACCGGGUGUUUAAGGCAUUUAAUAUUUCAGCGUCCCCAGAUUAUCGCCAGGAUCCAUUUCACUUUGUGGUCAAGUGCAUGAUUAGCCCUGUGACAGGAGAUUGGCCAUUUUCUAUGAAGAUCUGAAAAUGCUAGUAAACAAAUACCAGUUGGAAAAGUAAGACCAAGUCUGCGGACUGGAAUGCACCCUACUUGUAAUGGGAACAAAAAGCUGGCAAUCAAAUCUAAAGAAAAAGCAAAAUCACAGCAGAAUGACCUACUUUAAGGCAUUUGCCAAAGAAGCGGUGUUUUCAGACAGCUCUUCUGAAGCAGCGCCUCUCUGUCUAUGCCAUCUGCAGAUUUAUUACUUUGCCUGAAAAAAAAAAAAAAAA